UCGGAGCCGCCAGCAGAGCGGAGCUGCCCUGCUGCGCGCUGGCUGUUUUCCUCGCUGCUUCCAACACUUUUGUUCCCGUUUCCAGUUCAGACACUUGCUUUUCGAGCCGGUGUCGGAGUGGAGCAGCCGAGGUAGCGAGCUCAGAGAGAAGUGUGUCAGCUGCUGUCAGCGGAGCGGUCACUAGUGUGCGGAGGAAGCAGCCCAGCGAGCCCGGCGCGAUGAGGCGCGGAGCCGCGCGCCGAGCGGAGUGCACGGAUAAGCGGGGCAGAGACUGAGUCCGGGAGAGGGGUGGUCCGGGAGUUCAGUGGGAGUGUGCGGCUGCAGAGCUGCAGAGCAGAGCUGGACCUGCGGACCUUCAGACAGCUCCGGGGGACGCGGCCGGCCAGCAUGUGGAGGACGGCGCUCAGCUGCCUGCUGCUGGAGGCGCUGCUGCGCUGCUCCGCAGGUCUCAACAUGUGCACGAGUGGCAGCGCCACUUCCUGCGAAGAAUGCCUCCUGAUCCAUCCCAGCUGCGCCUGGUGCGCGCAAGAGGACUUUGGGAGGAGCCGGACUCUGACAUCACGGUGUGACUUCAGUCAAAACCUGCGAAACAGGGGCUGCGAGGCGCGCUUCAUCGAACACCCCACCAGCAGCUUGCUCGUCACGCAGAACGUUACCCUCAGUUCUAAAGGGUCGAGCCCAACCCACUACGAUGUGGUCCAGAUCAUGCCUCAGAAGAUCUCCCUGAGCCUCCGGCCAGGAGACCAGACGUCGUUCGACCUGCAGGUGCGGCAGGUGGAGGACUACCCGGUGGAUCUCUACUACCUAAUGGACCUCUCGCUUUCCAUGAAGGACGACCUGAACACCAUCCGUAACCUGGGCACCAAGCUGGCGCUGGAGAUGGGGGCGCUCACCAGCAACUUCCGGCUCGGCUUCGGCUCCUUCGUGGACAAAAACAUGUCCCCGUUCUCCUACACGGCACCCAAGUAUCAGGAGAAUCCCUGCAACGGAUACAAACUGUUCCCCAACUGUGUCCCCACCUUCGGUUUCCGCCACAUCCUCUCGCUGACCGACAAAGUGGACCGCUUCAACGAGGAGGUGCAGAAGCAAAUGGUGUCUCGCAACCGAGACGCGCCAGAGGGCGGGUUCGAUGCCAUCCUGCAGGCCGCCGUUUGCAAGGACAAGAUCGGGUGGAGGAAAGAGGCCUACCACCUGCUGGUGUUCGCCACCGACGAUGUGCCGCACCUCGCCCUGGACGGGCGGCUCGGCGGCCUCGUUCAGCCGCACGACGGCCAGUGUCACCUGGACGAGCGCAACGAGUACAGCGCCUCCACAAAGAUGGACUAUCCGUCUCUGGCUCUGCUCGGGGAGAAACUGGCGGAAAACAACAUCUUCCUGAUCUUCGCUGUGACCAAGCGACUGUACGUCAUUUACAAGAAUAUCACCAUGCUCAUACCUGGAACCACGGUGGAGAUCCUGGACCAGGACUCAAAGAACGUCAUCCAGCUGAUCAUCACGGCCUACAACAAUAUUCGCUCUAAAGUGGAGCUGACGGUGUGGGACCACCCAGAAGACAUCAGCCUGUCCUUCACCGCCACCUGCCAGGACGGAAAUCCACUUCCAGGCCUCAGGAAAUGUGCCGACUUGAAGAUAGGAGACACUGUGUCGUUCAACGUGAACGUGGAGGCGAGGAGCUGUCCUCCCCGCGGGACCAAACAGAGCUUCACCAUCAAGCCCGUGGGGUUCAAGGACCACCUGGAGGUGUCGGUGGAUUAUCGGUGCGACUGCGGCUGCAGCCGGGAUGCCAAAGUCAACAGCAGCAUCUGCAGCUCCAUCGGUACGUAUCACUGCGGCACCUGUCACUGCGAUCAGGGCUACCUGGGAGCCCGCUGCGAGUGCCAGGAGGGCGACGCCAGCAGCAUGAUGCUCAGCGCCUGCCGGGAGGCCGAGGGCAAGCAGGUCUGCAGCGGGCGAGGCGAGUGCAGCUGCAACCAGUGUCUCUGCUACGAGUCGGAGUUCGGGAAGAUCUACGGCAGCUUCUGCGAGUGCGACGACUUCUCUUGCUCCCGUCACAAAGGCAUCCUCUGCUCAGGUCACGGAGAGUGUCACUGCGGCGAGUGUAAAUGCCACGCCGGCUACGUUGGCGACAACUGCAACUGCUCCACGGAGACGUCGUCCUGCAUCGCGGACGACGGGAAGAUGUGCAGCGGGCGAGGACGCUGCGUGUGCGGCCGCUGCCAGUGCACCGAGCCGGGAGCCUUCGGAGAAACCUGCGAAAAGUGUCCCACCUGCCCCGACGCCUGCGGCACCAAAAGGGAUUGCAUCGAGUGCCGGCUUUUCAACUCAGGAAGGCUCGCGGACAACCAGACCUGCCAGCGCCUGUGCAAGGAUGAAAUCAUCACUGUGGAGACCCUGAAAACCGACGAGCCCGGCGCUGUGCUCUGUCUGUACAAGACAGACGACGACUGCGUGAUGAAGUUUACGUAUUCUGAGCACUCCAGCGGACUGUCCAUCCUCUCCGCUCUGAAGGAGCCAGAGUGCGGCAGCGGCCCCGACGCUCUCAUGGUCCUGCUCGCGGUCGUCGGCAGCAUUCUGCUGGUGGGAAUCGUUCUGCUCGCCACCUGGAAGCUGGUCAUCACCGUUCACGACCGGCGGGAGUUCUCCCGCUUCCAGAGCGCUCGUUCACGCGCCCGAUAUGAAAUGGCCUCCAACCCUCUCUACAAGCAGCCCGUCUCCACCCAUUUCGUAGAAACGGACUUCGACAUGUUCGGGAAGUCCCGCAACGGCUGGGCCCACUGAUCCCUCAGCUCGGGGCGCGGCAGGACCGGUCCAGCAAGCAGAACCCGGAGGACGGCGGCGAGGCGGACAGCGGGCAGAACACACUUCCCUUUCUGAUCUUUUUUGCGGGAACGAAGGACGUCCAGAGGGGGGGACUCUGUGCAGGCUGGUGGGGAUCUGCGCGGCCCCCGUGGAGCUGCGAACAACGACCUCCUCGGCCGUUUAGAGACGAUCACACCGAGAUCUUAAUUAGCAGCGACUUCACUCCAACUACACAGAGCACCAUGCACAGAGCAGCAGGACAGCAGCUUAUAUUUGUAUAUUUUUAUAAACACUAAAGAUGCAUUUCUAUCAUGGACUUCACCCAGCAGGACUCUGAAAUGCAGAUUUCUAUUAAGAGGACGGUUUUCUGAUGGAUGCUGUAAUUAUGAUUUGGUACUACUAAUAUUUACUAAGCAAUAGAUGUCUUAUCUUCAUUUUGCACAUAGAAAAUUAUGAGUUAUUUCCAUUUGAAUGUGUGAGAGUGUGUGUUAAAUGCUCCAGUUGCACUCCUUUCUCUUUAUCUGAAUGGCGGGGCACCACUCCCCCCACACACACACACACACACACACCCCAACAUUGCAACUUCAGAAUAACCUCAAAUAUUUAGUUUCUUUUCAUCAAAAGUCGAGACUGGUUCUUGAAACAGCAGGUAUCUGCUGCAGGUGGGGGGUCAACAGAAGGAAGAUAAUUGGUUUUAAUAGGGUGAGGUGAACUUUUUCCAGGUGAGGAUGCAGGUAUCUGCUUAUAAAAUGAUUUUUUUUUUCUGCUUGACUGUUUCUCCAUUUAAAAUAAUCCUUUUCAUGCGUGACAUUUGUUUCAAAGUAAGUCUUCACAUUUACUGCAUAUAGUAUUUGAGGAAUACAGGAAGGAUUUCCACCCUUUUGUUUUCAUCUCAGCUGCAUAUCUGUGCAUCUUCAAAGAUUGUCUAUUGCUCUUCUGAAGGAAACGUUGAUGACACAACAGGAAAACUCCAGACAUCGUUAAAAAGAUUGUUUCCGUCUCCUUGAUUGAACGGUUAAGUGAUUUUGUUGAGUGGAAGUUAAAUGAGCUCGUAAAAAUGUCCGACUGCCGCUAGAUUUUGAUAAAUAACCCGAUUUCAUGACCAGUCUAAAUCUGGUUGUAACUUUUCUGAUGGAAAUUAAAUCAUCUCGGUGUAGAUGAGUAUUAAGAUGUCACUUAGGGAGUCUGCAGCACGAACACGCGCUGGUUACAUGAAGAUAGUCGUUAGUGGCUCAUCAGCUGUAACAUGUCUAGUACCUGUCUGUCGGGAUGUGGGCGGGACUAAAAUCACAGAUCCUAAAGAGGCGGAGCCUGAGCAGUCUGGACGAAUCUGCAGCCGGGAUUGUCUGGGGGGCGGAGCCUGUCUGGUGGCGGCCUCAGGGCGGGGCAGGGGUCGGGGGUGUGUGGGUGUGUGAGUGAGUGUAAAUAAACGCGGUGUGUACAUACAGUGCCAAAAUGAAAGUGCUCCCAGUUCUGGCUGUGUCUUUGCACGGUCGACUGAAACUCAGAACGGUCGCAUGUUUUCCAACUGCGCUCUUUUCUGAGGAGUCUUGUCCUCUACGUGUCGAUGUAAAACUACAGAUAAUAAACGUGCUUCAAACA